AUGAAUAUACUCGCGGAUUGCGAUAAAGGAAAGUCUUUAUUGUACAUUUCAAGCAACUUUGGCUUGUCUAAAUCAACAAUUUGCACAAUAAAAAAACAAAAGGCCCAAAUAUUAGCCAGCACUACAAGUUCUGCGAAACGCUUCACAAUGAAGACUGGAGAAUUCGUUAAAAUGGAAGAUGCACUGUGGUUUUUAACUCAACGAAAAUGUCACAUUCCAGUAGGAGCUAUGCAACUGAAAUGUAAAGCGCGCGAGUUGCAUAAGAAAUUGUACAAUAACACAUUUUUUGCGAGUGAUGGUUGGCUUACAAAAUUUAAAAAACGAUAUGGAAUCAGACUGCUGAAGGAAUCUGGUGAAAAAUUGUCCUCUAGCAAAGAACUUGUAGCCCCAUUCAUUAAAGAGCUAUCGAGUGUGACAGAGAAACAUAAUCUUUCACAUGAAGCAGUGUUUAAUGCGGACGAAUCUGGGCUUUAUUGGAAAAUGCUACCAGACAAGACAUAUGUCCAUUCGGAAGAGAAAUGUGCACCAGGAAGAAAAGUGUCAAAGGAAAGAAUAACAUUUCUGGUUUGUGCGAAUGCAGAAGGGACAAAAAGGAUAGAACCUUUCGUCAUUGGGAAAGCGCAAAACCCUAGAUCAUUUCGCAACAAGAUUUUGCCGGUUAAAUAUGAUAGCUCGAAAUCUGCAUGGAUGAAUGCUGCAAUAUUUAAGAAGUGCUUUUUUGGAAUUUUUGCUCCAGAGGUUUGUUAAAUUUUGCGUUUAUGAAGACAUAAAUUGCACUAUAAAUCAUCUUAACUCAUUUU